AAAUUUCAUUUAUUGUAGCAACUAUUUACAUGCAGAGAGUGUGGGGCUAUUGUGGACGUGAAUCAGAAUUUGUGGGACCAUGACUGUUUCUCUGAGAUAGAUGAUGUCGACUAUUCCAUUGUUUCUAAUGAAAAUAAUGAACUGUUUGCUGCAUUGAAAAGUGAUAUGCAGCCAGUGGAAUUAUCAAAUACUAGUGUUUCAAAACAAGGCACAAUUGACGAAUCAAUAAUACUGGCUGUAGAAAAAAGGCCUGCAUUAUAUGAUACGAAAAAUGUGUCAGCAAAAGACCAAAAUUGCCUCAAGAAGACUACUCUUUGGAUACAAGUAGCCAAAGAACUAAAUCUAGAUUUGACUGAAGUAAAACAACGUUGGGAAUAUUUAAGAAACAGAUACAUCAAGACUAUAAGUAAAGUUUUAGCUUACAAACCCAGUGGAUCUGCAGCAAAACCUCAAAAUGAUCCGAAUGAUUCUUUCAAGUUUCACUACUGCAUGCAUUUCUUGAAUGACUCAACAGAUCCAGUACGCCCUACUACAUCUUUGCAAGAAGUAGAAAAAUCUUCUCCAACACCAAAAAUAAAAAACAAAUCAGGAUCAAGAGGUCGACUAUGAUUUUUAUAAAAAAAAAACAACCAAACGUGCUAAGAAAAAUGACCAUGAAGAUUUUGGUAAUAAAUUACUGGAUAUACUGAAAGAAAACAAGCCCUUGGAUGGAGUUGACGGGUUUUUGAUUCAAGUUGGAGGAGAAUACCUCAGAGUGAGCGAUUGCCAGUUCAAAUAGAAAUUUUGGGAUUCUUACAUAAGAAGGACAAGCAAUUUAAUGAAGAUGAUUACAUUUUUUUUAGAAUAUUUAAACGCAUUAUUGUUGCCAAAGUUCAAAGUAUUUAAAUACUUUAGUUUAAGCAAAAUUAGAUUAAGCUUAUUUUGACCGUCAGGUACUUAAGUACGGAGAAAAACUGUUUAGUGACUUAAAUGAUAGGCUGUGAUUACUUAAUCAGAUUAAGAAAGCUAUUUUUUGUUCAAAAUAAAAAAGUUUUUGUUUGAGAUUAAAAAGUUUUUUGUUUGAGAUUAAAAAUGUUGUAUAGUUAAACAAAACGUUAUCUGAUACAGUCAUGAAACUAGUUAUAAGAUAGUUCAUCGUUCUAAAUGUAUGCACUAUUAUAACUGCUAUAAUUAUGUUUGUAACCCGCUGAUGACAUACACAAAUAAAAUGUAAUUUAUAA